AUGAUACCUAUCAUCCAUCGGACGGCCCUUCGUCGGCGUACGUGGACAUCACAAUGUCAUCCCAGACGGUUGAUCACCCGGCAAUACCGUGCUUGCCAACCACUCCGGAAUAAUGGCAACGAUGCACGACUGACAGACACCGGAAACGUGAUAGAGGACGACUUUGCGGUCCUACGAGAUGACUAUCAGGCGCCCAGGAACCCCAUUAUCCUGGCUCACGGUCUUCUCGGAUUCGAUGAGUUACGCCUGCCCGGCGUGCCUCUGCCAGGUGUGCACUAUUGGCACGGUAUCAGCGAGGCUUUGGCGGCAAAAGGAGUAGAAGUCAUCACAGCUGAAGUCCCUCCGUCCGGCCGCAUCGAGAUACGCGCUCAGAGAUUGGCGGAAGCGAUUGAGCGUAAAGCGGGCGGAAAGAGCGUCAACAUUAUUGCUGGACUCGAUUCGAGGCACAUGAUAUCUCGCAUGAAGCCAGGAAACGUGAAAGUCCUCUCACUGACCACAAUAGCAUCACCGCAUAGAGGAUCUGCGUUUGCGGACUACGUCUUUACCAGCAUUGGCCCGGCCAACAUACCCAAGCUGUAUAAAGUCCUUGACUUCUUCGGCCUCGAGACCGGCGCAUUUCGACAGUUGACUGAAGAGUACAUGACUGAAAAGUUCAAUCCGCGAACUCCGGACCUCGAGGGCGUCCGUUAUUACAGCUACGGUGCCGCCUUCGACCCGCAGCUCACCUCCGUCUUUCGCCACUCUCACGAUAUCAUCGAGAAAGCCGAAGGCCCGAACGAUGGCAUGGUCUCCGUUGCGAGCAGUAAGUGGGGAACGUACAAGGGCACGCUCAACCAUGUCAGCCAUUUGGACCUAAUUAAUUGGACGAACCGGUUGCGGUGGUGGUGGAUGUGGAAGUUGACCGGGAAGGCGAGGACCUUCAAUGCCAUUGCUUUCUACCUCAGCAUCGCCGAUAUGUUAGCCAAGGAGGAUUUAUGA